UCGUUCCAAGCAUCUGCUGCGGAGGGGGAGCUAGCGGACAGGCGAGCUGGGGAAGGCUGACUGCGCUCGGCUCCCGUGUAAAGGGCUGAGGCGCUGGGCGGGGCCGAGCCAAAGCUAGCAGCCGGGUUGCGGGUUGCCUCCCGGGCCCGGCCGCCCUUGCUGAGCACCCCUCCGCUGCGGCGACUGCGCUGCUGGCCCGCGGCGACCUCACGCGCCAGUGUCCAGCAUGACGGAGCUGAGGCAGAGGACGGCCCGCGAGCCGGACGCGCCGCCCGAGGACAAGGAGUUGGAGUCAGAAUCGAAGGCUGAUGGCGAGACUGCGUCAGACAGUGAGAGCCGAACGGACCUGGCUGCCCCGCCCGCCCCCGUGGACAACACCCCGGAGGUCCUCAACAGGGCCCUUUCCAACUUGUCUUCCCGAUGGAAGAACUGGUGGGUAAGAGGCAUACUGACUUUGGCCAUGAUCACAUUUUUCUUCAUCAUCAUAUACCUGGGACCAAUGGUUUUAAUGAUGAUCGUGAUGUGUGUUCAGAUUAAGUGUUUCCACGAGAUCAUCACAAUCGGCUACAAUGUCUACCACUCCUAUGACCUGCCCUGGUUCAGGACCCUCAGCUGGUACUUUCUGCUGUGUGUAAACUAUUUCUUCUAUGGUGAGACGGUGACGGAUUACUUCUUCACCCUGGUCCAGAGAGAGGAGCCUUUGCGGAUUCUCAGUAAAUACCACCGGUUCAUUUCCUUCACCCUCUACCUCACAGGAUUCUGCAUGUUUGUACUGAGCCUGGUCAAGAAGCAUUAUCGGCUGCAGUUCUAUAUGUUUGGCUGGACCCAUGUAACGCUACUGAUCGUUGUGACCCAGUCACAUCUUGUUAUCCACAACCUGUUUGAAGGAAUGAUCUGGUUCAUUGUCCCCAUUUCCUGUGUGAUCUGCAAUGACAUCAUGGCCUAUAUGUUUGGCUUUUUCUUUGGCAGGACGCCACUCAUCAAGCUGUCUCCAAAGAAGACCUGGGAAGGCUUCAUUGGGGGCUUCUUUGCUACUGUGGUGUUUGGCCUUCUGCUGUCCUACGUGAUGUCGGGGUACAGAUGCUUUGUCUGUCCCGUGGAGUACAACAACGACACCAACAGCUUCACCGUGGACUGUGAGCCUUCAGACCUGUUCCGCCUGCAGGAGUACAACAUUCCUGGGGUGAUCCAGUCGCUUCUUGGCUGGAAAACUAUCCGGAUGUAUCCCUUCCAGAUUCACAGCAUCGCCCUCUCCACCUUCGCCUCGCUCAUCGGCCCCUUUGGAGGCUUCUUCGCCAGUGGCUUUAAGCGAGCCUUUAAAAUCAAGGACUUUGCCAAUACCAUUCCUGGCCAUGGAGGCAUCAUGGAUCGCUUUGACUGCCAGUAUUUGAUGGCCACCUUCGUCAAUGUGUACAUCGCCAGUUUUAUCAGGGGCCCUAACCCGAGCAAACUGAUUCAGCAGUUCCUGACCUUGCGGCCAGAUCAGCAGCUCCACAUCUUCAACACACUCAGGUCUCACCUGAUGGACAAGGGGAUCCUGACAGCCACUGCAGAGAAUGAGUAGGGGCCGCCUGGGGCGGAGCCCAGGGGCAGGACUGAGGAUGGGGCAGGUCUCCAAGGCAAGCCCAGCUGCUGUGACUUAGUGAAAAGCUUCAACUCCCUGGCUUUUCUUUUCUUCUUCUUUUUUUUUUUGGGGGGGGGGGAGGUAGUGUUUUUUAUUUGUGGGUUUUGAAAACAAUUUGUAUAUACAGUCUGUUUAUGGUUUGAGUUGUGAGUAAUCUCUAGCUGAGUUGGAAAGAAGUCACAGGGGUUUACAUUUGAAGUUUUUAAACAGCUGAAGGGUUGAGCAGCCUGGAGGACAGUGUUGCCCAGCUCAUGAUGUCUGCUUGGGGUUCCAUCCCUGUCUAUGGACUGUUUCUGGGCCCAGGUGGUGGACACUGAUCUGUACCUGACCUAUGCAGGGGCCUCUCCCACAUGGGCCAAGGUGCUGACAGCUCCUUGGGGGCUUCUUAGUCAUCCCUUGCUGGGACCUGCAGAGGGCGACUUUCUGUAGGCUGGUGGGGUGGGAGGGAGGGAUGGAAGCUCUGUUCAGAAGAGCACUGUGUCCGUACUAGAAUCCUGCAGGGGGUAUGUGAGCUGUGCUGCGUAGUAUGGGCUCACCUUACAUUAUUACAGAUGGCAAGAUUUCAGGUUUUAUUUUUUCAGAAAGCACGAAAAAUUGUUUAUAAUAAUCUGGAGAAAAAAGUCACACUGUAAUAUUUCAAGUGUAUGCAGUAGAGUGCACUGUAACCAAGCCCUCUCCCAGUUUCUCCUAGUGGGCAGUCCGGCGAAAUACGUCUUUUCAGGGAUGAGGUCAUGGGCGUCUGUGCUGAAGACUUGCUGCUGCUGAGCAGGGUGAGGUGGACAGAGGACCCCACAUGCAGGGAGCAGGGGGCUUUUGGUUCUCGUGGCCUUCGCUAAAUGCCCACGUAGCUGCUGUGUUGUAUAUCCAUUAUUCUUGAGGUGUGUGUGCGUGUGUAUGUGUGUUCUAAAAGUCACUUCCUUCUUACAAGGAUUUCACUAUACUAUGACUUGUUUGCCACAAAGUUUUGCUUAAACCUAUGGCAAACCUAACCUGUAGAGCUUGAUUAUUCUGAAGAUUAAAUGCAUACUUUUUAUAUCAUGUGACCAGUUUAAACUUAAUGUGUGUUUUACUGGGGGACCUUGUUUGAUGGUUGUUUGUGUAAACUGUGAUUUACUUUUCCCCUGCUGGUUAUAGGGGUGAGACUGGCUUUGGGAAGACAGAUUAGGUCUUGGUCAGGUCAGCCCAGCACAGCGGGGAGGACUCAGAGUGCCGGAUCAUUCCAUGUCCUGCUUGUGUUCAUUGCCAGUGAGAGCUAACUCCGCCAGCCCUCAUCAGGCACACUUUUGUGGUGUUUGUUUUUAAAUUGGUCACACUGCCUCCUGAAACCUGGCAUCCAGGACGGCUGCAGGGUCCACAGGGGACAGAGCCCCUGUCACUGUGCAGGCUGCCCCAUGGGUAUGGGCCUGGAGCAGCUUCUCUCUACACUGCUACUUCCAUUCCAACCUCCGGGCUUUUCGUUCUCAGACGCAAGGCCUCAUAAGUGUUGUGCUGGGAGUGUCACUUUCUGCUUUGUGGCCCUGGGCAGGAAACCUCCCUCUCAGGGCCCUUGCACUCUGGGUUGUCUUUGAGCUGUGUGGCUCUGUGAUUCCACCAGUCUCCUGUGGAUACUAAACCAUGUCCCAGGCACUCAGAAGGAAGCACUUUUAGGCCUUGUCCAAGAUGACUCAUGUCUCACAUCCUGAGCAGUGAUUAGCAGUGAGGCUGUUUUCUGUCUGGAAUGAACUUGGACCCAGAAGCACCUCAUUUGUCUCCCAUCGACCUGUUGUGCAGUUCUUGAGAAAUGGGGCUUGGGGAGGCCCAGCAUCAAACCCACUCUGCGACAAGGCCACCUUCACUGAUCCCUUGUGGAUACGGUCACUGCCGGGUGCCUGAGAAACUGAAUCUCGGCACUCCUGGGAGCUGCCAGCAAGAGACCUGAGAGGCAGUGUGGGCCGUUUCUGUCUGUCUGUCUGUUUUCUUGAUUUCCUGGAGUGCAGAAUUUCCCAGUCGGGUAGCCGGGGUAGCAGUGCCACCUUGUGUCUCACAGAGCAGGUUCCAGAGACUACUUAAAGCACCUGGGCAGAUCUUAAUGACGUGCAUAACUUGCUGUAGACCCGUUGGUUUUUAUUUUUUGUCAGAAAUAAAAUGUGACCAAAAUCAUGUCUGCCCUUGUCAUGCAUUAUUUGUCACUUCUGUGCCUGGCAUGAUGUGUUCCACUUGGCGAUGUGUUCAUAAGUGUGGUGUAGUCCUGAUGUAGAGAUUUCUGUUUUGUUUUCUGGUUUGUAUCCCAUGCAUUCACAUCAGCCUCUGAGAUAACCUCAGGGGAGGGCUUCCAUGGGGCAGUGAGGGGAGCCAGACUCACCCCGUCUGGCACUGCCCCCAAAGGACAAGGACCUGCGAGACCCCAGCCCCACUUGUACCCGAAAUGCUGCAGUGUUUCUUUCCCUACGCUCAGGAGGCUCAGGAGCCCCAGGAGGCCGGGCCGAGCCAGGCUGGAGCUUAAGUAACUGUUAGCUCAUAAUUGGCCAAAUAAGGAGCUGCUGAGCUGGGAAGCCCCACGAACCAGGGCUGAUUGUGGGAACUCGAGCCUGGUAUCCCAGCGAGUUCUGCUCGGGACUGCUCAUGGGGAAGAGCCAUCUCUGUGUGUGAGCUGCCCCCUUCACGGCGGGUAUCACUGAACAAGUGCAAUUUGUGUUUUACUCCUGAGGGUGAAGCCCUGGAAGGCAGCUGGCACUCUGCAUGUAUAUCACUUCUUGCCUGUUUUUCUGUUCUUUCAUAUAUCCUGGCUAGGGGCUCGCACAGGGACUGGCUGGCAGCAGCCAUGCACCUUAGGAAGCCAGCCCAGGGUGGAUCUUCAGGGCUGACCGUGGCUGAAACCCCUCUUUAGUACUGUCCUGGGCACUGUUGUAGUGGGCAUCGGGCCACCAUUCUCUUACACUGCUUCUGUGCAGUAGAAAGAGGAAUGCGUACUCGUGUGGACACCUGUGGAGUGAGUCACUUAGAAUCAGGUCAGGGUGGAGAGGAAAGGCCGAGGGAGGGUGUAUGGGUGACUGUUGCACCUGCACCUUCAUACAGCGAGCUGGGGCCUCUGUGAUUGGGACACAACUCCUGAGGAAAAGCCUGAUCCUUGGGCACAGUCUCAUUCUCCCUUAUCUUACUCCAAACAAACUUCCUUUUCCCCUUGUCACUAUUCCCAGCUUGCAGGUUGAUAGCCCCCACUUCCUGACUCGGUUUCCCUCCAUAGGGCCUCGCCACUUACAGUGCUGGGUUUGGAUCAAGUGGUGAUGAAGGCCCCUUACUUAGGGGCUCCGCUAGGCCCACCUGCCCUUACCCAUGCCCCUCAGCGGCAUCCUGGCUGCUGUUUUCACUUGAAUGUGGCCCACCUUUCUGUCCCUCAGGCCUCUCCUUUCUGGUUGACUUUACCUGUGCUGCUAUUCUCAGCUGGUUGGACUUGUACCUGUUUGCCCGGGGACCAUGCUUCCCAAGGCCAGGACCUCCUGCUUUGAGGGCGGUUUGCGAGGUAACUUGGGUGCAGUGUUGGGUUAGGCUGUGUGGGUGGUUUAUGAGAAUGGAGGGGCCGAAUGCGCAAAGACAAGCAGCUCAAAUCCAUUGGCCCCUGUCCCGUCCUGUCCUUGUUCACCAGAUGCCAAUUUGCAGGCUCCUUCUCUUUAUUCUCAAGCCAGUGAAACACCAGGAGUGAAUCUAUCAAUGGUUGCAGUGAUACAGUGCUUAAUAUGUGCCAGCCGCAGCGCUAGGAGUUUGCAUCCAUUUUUCCCUCCAACCCAGAAACCCUUUGAUGAGAUGGCACUGUGCUCACUUUACAGAUGAGCAAACAGGCCCUGCCCCGGAGGCUGAGAGCAGUGGCAAAACACGGAUGGACUUCAGGCUCACACUGCCCCAGGCCUGGGCUCCUGGCCUCCUGCUCCUGCCUACCCGAGUCCAAGGAUAGCAGUAAGACUUUAAUGAGAUAAUGCAUGAAAACAUCUAGCACGGUGCCUGGCACAUAGUAAGCGUACAACACAUGAUUGUCAUUCUUAUUAAGCUCUCCAGGUCAUUGACUCACACUAGAAUACUGUUAGAGGAUGGGUUCUCAGCCACCAUAGUGCUACACCUUGUGUACAGCCUGGUGUUCACGAGCCACAUCAUCGUGUUUAAAAGAAGCAGCGCAGUUGUAGCAGUGUGGCACGUUGGUGCCUCACACAGUGUAGGGGAAAAGGACGGGAGGGUGCAGAGUCUGUACUUUGAGAGUGCGGCCUGCCCCAGCGAGGUGCUCACUUCCUGUGUGCCUGGUCUGACUCCCCCGCACUGUUUCUGCUUCCUGGGGCGACUAUACUUUGUGGACAGCGAGGGCCUGUGACUUGCUCUGGGCUCCUCCCACGCUGACCAAGGGCCAUGCUGUGUGCACGCAGCUCAGAAGCCUGCAGUGCGCUGUGCAGGUGGACAAUUUCAGGGGCCUUCUGCAGAAGAGGGGGGAAUGGGACCUGCUCUGAAGCAGAUCACUCACCAGGAGCCUGGAGUCUCUGCCUCUUCCUUUGACCUUCCCUGGGGUCUUCUGUUCUUUCUUUUUCUCUUUCUUAAAAGUAGGCACAAGAUUUGAGGACAGGUGAGAUAGGGAGUUUCUGUUGGGUGCUAGGAGAGCAAAGAGUCAAAGUGAUUUGUGAGUGAGGAAAGGACAGGUUGUAGCCAGAGUGACAAAUGUUUUUCUGAGUUUUCUGACUGGGAAGGGUGUGUGAGGACUCUGUUAGAGGAAUGGCUUUGGCCAACAGGAUCCACAGGAUUAAGGUGCAGAGAGACAGUAAAAGAAUGACUGACUUGCCUGUUGUUUCCUGGGUGUUCAUGGAACCCAGAGGCCCACCUCAGGCACCCAAGUCAUAUCCUUUCACCUAGAGGUCAUCACUGAGUAAUGGCAGGAGUCAGAGAAGGGCUGCAGAGGUUUCUAGGAAGCUCUGCAGGGACAGUGUUCCCCCUGGUGUUGGGAUCUCCCUUGCCUAGGGUACACAAAGGGGCUGGCACCUGCCACCUGCUCCAGUGAAGCUGCCUCCUGGUCUGUGUCCUGCUUUACUGGCUCUUCUCAAAGGAACAUCAGGAUAGAAAGGGGUUCCUCGUGUUUUGAGCUGGCUGAAGGUGCGCGUGGUUCUGGAAGUGUCCUCUAGGUGGCACUGAUCUUCAGUGAGCUGUUUAUGACUUGUCACAAGGGCUGGGGGUGUGGUGCUGGUUACAUAGGGAAGGAGCUGAGCAGACACCACGGCCAGGAAGACCGAGGGACUUGGAGGUAAGAACAGUGAGGGGAUGAGAGGCAGAGAUCUGUGGUCUGCUGAGGGAUUCUGAGAAGCCAUGGGGGCACUGGCUGGAGGGCCGGGUCAGGGGACGGUCCAGGAGCCCCUCACUGAGUUCAGACCACCUGAGACCAGCCAAGUCUUUUGUGGGCAUGGGGAAAUGGCUCAGGAAAUGCAUCAGAGGAGAUUGGGAGCUCAUGGAUUACCUUCUGGAGUCGAUGCUGAUGCCAAAUUUAAUUUUUAUUUAUGUUUAAUACCUUCCGAAUCAGGAGGGAAAGUCUGAGCUGGGGAGAUGGGAUGGAGCACACCCCCUUGUUUGCAGGGAGAGGUGGAGUUCCCUUUCUCACAUGGAUUGUCUAUGUGCCGAUACACGGUUUUCUCGUCCUCAGACCUGUGGGUCCUCUGGGCUUCCCCAGAUAGGUGUGUGCUGGGGUGCUCUGCUGUGCUGUUUACCCAGCUUGGUGUUUUUAAAUCCAUGUUUUUGCCACAGCUGACCUUUCCUGUGCACCUCUGAUCCGUGUGGAACAGUACACAUAGCCUCUUUUUCAAUGCAUUGUAAGAACAUGAUAUACUGUACAUUGGAAAGUAUUUACCUAUUUAUAUAUCCGAAUGUUCCUACUACACAAAUAAACAUAUAUUGAAUUCUA